UUAAAAAAGGGUGAAUAAUGGGUGGCGCAUUAAAAAGGAAUUUUUAGGGGUAAUAGAAAAAACGGAAGAAGCAACGAUCCGGAAAGUACAAAAGAGAGAGAAGAAGAAAAGGAGAGAGAGACGAAAAAAAGUUUUAAGAAAAAGUUGGAAAAAAGUUUUGGGGAGAAAAGUUGGGGGAGAAAAGUUGGAAAAAAAGUUUUACAAUUCUUGAAAAGGCUUAUUUAUUUAUUUUUAACUGCUUCUCUUUUCUUCUUUUUAUUCAUUGCCCCCAUUUGUUCAUGUUUUUCUUUUAUUCUUUGUUUGCUUCACUUGUUUAGAUGUUUGUGUGUUUUUGGGGAGAGAUGCUCCUCAUUUUUAGGUUUUUUUUCCUUCCUCAAGCAUUUUGUCUUCUUUAUUUUUUCUAAAUUCUCUAAAUAAAUUCCUCAUAAAAUUUAUUUUUAUUUUUAUUUAUUUUAUAGUUUUGUAUAAACAAACCACGCCUUUCCAAAGCAAAUAGUUAAGCACUUUAUAAUUGUCAAGACGUUCUGGCGCUGUAAGAGUUUGAUGCGCGCUUAAUUAUAAAAUUAAAAUUAUCAAGUGUAACCCUAUACACGUAAAAUUUUCCACAUAUAUCCUUAAUAGUUUUUCCAACUCUGCUGAAAAUAUCAGAAUUUUCGGUCAAUUAUUUCACAAGUUAUGAUCUAAAAUGUAUGAAUUUUCUAUAUAUCUAUCGAUAUUUUAGACCACAACUUUUAAAAACUAAACCAAAAAUUCUGAAAUUUUUAGAGAACCUAGAUAACACGAAAAGUAAUAUUUCUGCAAAAUUUCACCUCUCUAGGUACACCCUAGACAAAAUUACACAACUCCGCGCCUUAGUGUUUCUACGCCCAAAUACCCCCUUUCCAAACACUUUUCACCAUUCAGUAGCCAAUAAAACAAAAUUCCUCCUCCUUUUUUCCUUUUAUGAUUUUUCCUCUUUUUUUACUCACUUAUUCACUCACUCACACACAAUAACUUUAAUAAAAAAGAGUUUUUAAACUCCACCCAAUUUUCUAUACUUUUUUCAUAAAAGAACCGCCCUCUUUUCUCACUCGUUCACUCAUUCAUCAUUUUUUGGUUUAUCUUAAAGGAGCUUCUUUUUUCGUUAAAAGAGGAGCUUAUUAAAACCUUUUUCCUUUUAUUUUUAUCAAUUUUUUGUUUUUCGAUUCCAUAGGGUAAAUAGUCGGAUAGUUGUUUUUACGGAUAAAUGUCCCCUUCCCUUUGGUAAUGUUUCCUUUUGUUUAUUAAACAGGCGGAUUUUUGUU